AUGGCUCCAGGCGGUGGCGGAAACAUCAAGGUGGUAGUCCGGGUUCGCCCUUUCAAUGGACGAGAACUGGACCGCAAUGCCGUGCGCAUUGUCGAGAUGCGCGGCAACCAGACCGUCCUCACGCCGCCGCCAGACACGCAUCAGGCGGGAGGAAAGGGAGGCAAGGACCAGAAGGGUGGCAAGGACAUGGCGCCCAAGGUCUUUGCCUUUGACCGGUCGUACUGGAGCUUCAACAAGAGCGAUCCGAACUACGCCGGCCAGGACAGCCUGCACGAAGACCUGGGCCGGCCGCUUCUGGACAAUGCCUUUCAGGGGUACAACAACUGCAUUUUUGCCUACGGCCAGACCGGUUCGGGCAAGUCGUACUCCAUGAUGGGCUACGGCAAGGAAUACGGCAUCAUCCCGAGCAUCUGCCAGGAGAUGUUCACGCGCAUCGAAGAGAUGCAGAAGGACAAGACGCUCAAGUGCACCGUGGAGGUGUCGUACCUCGAGAUCUAUAACGAGCGCGUGCGCGACCUGCUGAACCCGUCGACCAAGGGAAACCUCAAGGUCCGCGAGCAUCCGUCCACGGGCCCCUACGUCGAAGACUUGGCGAAGCUGGUCGUCAGCAGCUUCCAGGAAGUCGACCACCUGAUGGACGAGGGCAACAAGGCCCGCACGGUCGCGGCGACCAACAUGAACGAAACGUCGAGUCGCAGUCACGCCGUGUUCACGCUGAUGCUGACGCAGAAGAAGCACGAUGUCGAGACCAAGAUGGGGAUGGAAAAGGUCGCCAAGAUCAGCCUCGUCGAUCUGGCCGGUUCCGAGCGAGCGACAUCCACGGGCGCGACAGGCGCCCGGCUCAAGGAGGGCGCCGAGAUCAACCGCUCGCUCUCGACGCUGGGCCGCGUCAUCGCCGCGCUCGCCGACCUCUCGACCGGCAAGAAGAAGAAGGGCGCGGCCAGCCAGGUGCCGUACCGCGACAGUGUCCUGACCUGGCUGCUCAAGGACUCCCUGGGCGGCAACAGCAUGACGGCCAUGAUUGCGGCCAUCAGUCCGGCCGACAUCAACUACGACGAGACGCUGAGCACGCUGCGCUACGCCGACUCGGCCAAGCGGAUCAAGAACCACGCGGUCGUCAACGAGGACGCGAACGCGCGGAUGAUCCGCGAGCUCAAAGAGGAGCUGGCCGUGUUGCGGGGCAAGCUCGGGGGCGGUGCUGCGGGUGCCAGCGUGGCCGGAGCGGCCGGCGUGCCGCCCGACGAGGUGUAUGCCGAGGGCACGCCGCUGGAGAAGCAGAUUGUCAGCAUCACGCAGACGGACGGCUCGGUCAAGCGGGUGUCCAAGGCAGAGAUAGCCGAGCAGCUCGACCAGAGCGAGAAGCUGCUGACGGACCUCAACCAGACGUGGGAACAGAAGCUGGCCAAGACGGAGGAAAUCCACAAGGAGCGGGAGGCCGCGCUGGAGGAGCUGGGCAUCAGCAUCGAGAAGGGCUUCAUCGGGCUCAGCACGCCCAAGAAGAUGCCCCAUCUGGUCAACCUGUCGGACGACCCGCUCCUGGACGAAUGCCUGGUCUACAACCUGAAGCCGGGGACCACUACGGUCGGCAAUGUGGAGUCCAACGCGGAACACCAAGCUAACAUCCGGCUGAACGGAUCGCGGAUCCUGCAUGAGCACUGCACGUUUGAAAAUGCGCCGGACGGCACGGUGACGAUUGUGCCGAUGGCCGAGGCGCCGGUGAUGGUGAACGGGAAGCGGAUCACGGAGCCUAAGCAGCUGCACUCUGGUUACCGUGUCAUCCUCGGCGACUUCCACAUCUUCCGCUUCAACCACCCGAUGGAGGCGCGCGCCGAGCGGGCAGAACAGAGCCUUUUGCGGCAGUCGGUGACAGCCAGCACGCUGCAGAGCCUCGACCGCAACACGUCGCCGUCGCCGAGUCCGCGGCCGGGAGCCGGACACGAACGGUCGAUCAGCAAGGCCGGAUCAGAGUUUGGGUUUGGCGGGAGUGACAGCCGGCCAGAAUCGCCGUCGCCAUUUGCACGGUUUGGCCGUGACUCGGACUGGUCGCUGGCGCGUCGCGAAGCGGCCAACGCGAUCUUGGGGACGGACCGCAACGUGGCCAGCCUGACGGACGAGGAGCUGAACACGCUCUUCGAGGAGGUGCAGCGGGCGCGGGCAGAGCGAGUGACGAACGGGCGCGAGGGUGACGAAGACCUGGAGUCGAUGGCGUCGUAUCCGAUCCGGGAGAAGUACCUGUCGACAGGGACGCUGGACAACUUCUCGCUCGACACGGCGAUCACGAUGCCGACGAUGCCAUCGACGCCGAAGCAGGGCGAGGUGGACGACCGACUGCGCGAGGUGCGCGAAGAGAUGCAGCUGCAGCUGGAGAGGCAGAAGGAGGAGUUCCAGGACCAGCUGAAGAGUGCCGAGGUGGCUAACGUGGAGGUGGAGGAGAUCAAGGUGGAAAAGGAGCGGAUGGAGGAGACGCUGCGGACGCUCAAGGCGGAGAUGCAGAAGCAGCUGGAGGUGCAGCGACAGGAGUAUGAGGAGAAGAUGGAGCGGCUCGACCCGCUCAAACGCCCCAAAGCGAAGCCGAAGCUGUCGGAGGAGGAGAUGGAGCGAGCGCGACAGGUGGUGAAGCGGUGGCGUCGACGGCACUAUGUGCGGAUGGCCGAACAGGUGCUGCAGCACGCGGCGACUCUGAAGGAGGCGCAGAUCCUGAGCCACGAGCUGAACGGAGACGUGGUGUUCCAGUUUGCGACGGUGGAUUUGGGCCACGGUCUCUGCUCGUCAUACGACAUGGUGCUGAACGGGCUGGUGAGCGAGGGUGACGACGUGGCGCUGGAGGAGGCCCCGAAGCCGUGUGUGGGCGUGCGGCUGAUCGACUACAAACACAACGUAGUGCGGUUGUGGAGCCUGGAGAAGCUGGAGGAGCGGGUGCGGCGGAUGCAGCAGCUGCACCAGUGCCUGGACGACCAGCCAGAGCACCGGCAGCAACACGUGGACGAGGACGACCCGUUUGCGGAAGAGGCAAUGCCGGAAUACACGCUGAUCGGCGAUGCAGACGUGCCGCUCAAGGCGGUAUUCGAGUCGCGGGUGCAGGACUUUGCAGCGUUGGACGUGGUGUCGCCAUACACGAACCAGGCGAUCGGGAUCAUCCGGCUGGCAUUGGAGCCAUCGAGCGCGCGGGCGCCAUCGAGCACGCUCAAGUUCAACGUGGUGAUGCAUGAGAUGGUGGGCUUUGCAGAACGCGAGGGCACAGAGGUGCAUGCGCAGCUGUUCAUCCCGGGUGUGUCGGAGGAGGACGGAAUCACGACAACGCAGAUGAUCCGGGACUUUGACGAGAGCCCAGUGCGAUUUGAGAGCGUGCACAGCAUGAGCAUGCCGCUGUUCGGGCCACAGGACGUGACGCUGCGCGUGGCCGUGUUUGCGCGGGUGUCAGCGAUGCACCUGGACAAGCUGCUGAGCUGGGACGACAUGCGGGAUGCAGUACCGAUGACACGCGAACGGGCACCACGAGCCGCGCGCAUUGCUGAGUCACAGUUCUUUACGGAAGAGCGGCACGACGUGCUGGCGCGGCUGCAGGUGCUGGAGAUGAACGAGGAGGGCACAUACAUGCCGGUAGAGGUGGCACAGACAAGCGAGCUCGACACGGGGACGUUCCAGCUGCACCAGGGGAUCCAGCGGCGGAUCACGAUCACGCUGGCACACAGCUCGGGCGACCUGCUGCCGUGGGACGGGGUGUCAUCACUGCGGGUAGGCAAGAUCCAGCUAGUCGAUGCGGGCGGGGCGGGAUGCUGGAGUCGGCGACAGUGCAGGCGACGACGGCGAUGGACGGGGACGAAAACGGGGCCAGCAGCAGCGACAGACACGGCAAUGCCAGUCGACGUGGGGCUGAAGCUGGUAUCGGCACCGUCGCUGCAGAGCCAUGCGGACGGGACGCGGAGCAUCACGAUGACGGAUGACGGUGUGGUGGGAGAUCAGUUCGGAGCGGCUGGCGGAGCCGAUGAAGUUCUGGGCGACGGUGUGCUGCCAGAUCCUGUCGCGGCCUUUGUGCGGCAGCCGUCGAUGUUGUCGGCGCUGUGGCAGUCGGUGCGCUUUGUGCGGGCGUCGACGGCCAUCUACACGAUCACGAUGCGGCCAGCGCCGAUCAAGCGGGUCGGCGAUCUCUGGCGCAUGAGCAGCCAGCACGACUACGUCAAGGGCGAAGAGAACCUGGCCGCCUGGACGCCGCGGGGCGUCUCGCUCGUGAGCGACUACAUUGUCGGGCGCAAGCGGCGGCGCCGGAUGGCCGAGAUCGGGGCGGCCGCGAACACGCUGAAGCGCAUCGGACUGCCGAUACCGCGGUCGCAGCCGCUGGACGAGGGCCUGGACGGGCUGUCGGGCUUGGGCCUGGGCCGAGACGACGAGAUGGACUCGAUCGAUGAGCUGCUGCGAGACUCGCCCGAGCCAGAGGCAGAGGAGACAGCAGGAGAAGAGGUUGGGGCGGCAGGAGGCCCGGAAAAGGCGGAGACGACAGGCACUCCGGCAGAGACGGAAACAACAGAAGAAACGGCAGAGACAGAGACGACGGGAGCAAACACCCCGGCAGAGGGAACAGGAGACUCAACAGAAGCAGAGACAACAGGAGCAACCACCGCGGCAGAGAGACCUGCAGACACUGCAGAGAUGCUUGCAGAAACACCAGGCACACCAGGCACACCAAACACACCAGACACUACUUCCCCAUACUCUGAUGACGAAACACGGCUUCUGAAACGAUGCGUCAAGCUCUGGAAAAAAUACCCCGAUCCACUAGCCCAGAUCCUGAGCUCGGAAAACACAAACCCGCCAGCGAACGGGGUGAUCACGGACUCUUCCGAGCCGCCAAGCCUCAUCACAACCGUCAUCCGCGUGCCCAAGAACCGCAAGGUGAUGAAGGGCGGAUACUUGCUGGUGCCGAGCACCGAUGCGACCCGAUGGAUCAAGCGUUUCGUCGAGCUCCGACGGCCCUACCUGCACAUCCACAGCAUCACGGACGGCGACGAGGUGGCCAUCAUCAGCCUGCGCAACGCCCGCAUCGACAGCGACCCAGGCAUCCUCGGCCUGCUGGAGAGCCAGCAUCCCGACUACCGCCACAACGGCUUCGACAUCCGAGACCUCCAGGACGACCACGGUGAUAGCCGCGAUAGCCGCCGGAUCGAAAACGGCCGGACCACCGGCUAUGCCAACGACGACAGCACCGAGUACGGCGGCUCGGACACGAACGGGAGCGAGGGCCAGCGCAACCGGGACGCGUCUCCGACCGACUCGAUGGGCACGUCGCCCCCGGCCCUCUCGCCCGUACAGGGUCGUCAUCGGCGCAAGUCCUCCAGCCUGGGCGCAUUCGCGUCGAUGUGGACUGGAGGCGCCAGCCACAGCCACAGUGCCAGUCAGGGCCAAAUCGGCAACGGCCGCAACGGGCAAAACGGUCAAAACGGUCAAAACGGUCAAAACGGUCAAAACGGGAGCGGCCAGAACGGUCGGAAUGGCCGGAACGGAAAGCACGAGCGGGGAAAGAACGACCGGAAUGGCCGGCCGGGACUUCAGCGACUCAGCGAACGGUUGCAGGCCGGCGUGUUUGCCAUCUAUGGGACGGACAACACCUGGCUCUUUGCCGCUCGCAGCGAGCGCGACAAGCUGGACUGGAUCGCCCGGAUCGACCAGAGCUUCACCAUGGCAUCCAGCGUGCCGUCGCUGGCCCCCAGCCGCGCCGCCAGCCCGGCCAUCUUCUGA